AGUUCUUCUGAGUCAAUAUUUGCAUCGGACUCGUACUUACUAAAGGAGCCGCUGACCGAAUGACCAUCCGUGUUUUGAUGCUGGUUUUGGCCAUGGGUGUGGCAAUCGAGGAGUUUGCAGAGAGCGCGGUCGAGAAUGACAAGGAGUGUUCCCUCUCCUUGCUGCAGAGCACCAUGCAGCGCUCUGAUGGCGUUCGACGAACCUACCUCAAGACGGAGGGAGACGAGGCCAACCAGGUGGACAAGGUGAAUGAUGCGGUAACGCCAGCGUCUCUCCUCACUGUCGAUGCCGCGGAAGCUUCUCAAAAGACUGAGCGCAGCCUCCUGAAGUCUGCAUUCCUGAAGGAUGUCGCCCAAGCAAUUCUCGACAACCAAGUUGAGAACAGAACUAUGGCACGAGAAGCAGCCCGUCGCCGUGCGCUGGGCUGAUAGCUCUGAGAGGGCUUUGUCUUCAAACUGCAGCUAUCCCCACGUUGCCGUGCGAAAACCUGA